GCUUCCCCAUGUGUGCUUGGGCCGUCAGGGGGCCGAGUUGAGCGGAGGUUCGAAGGCUCCUCUGCGGAAAGACCUAGUUACCAGCUUUGCAGCCUCUGCCGCCUGCUGCUUCCCUCCUCUCUUGGUCUCUCCCCACAGAGAACGUAGCCAUGGGCAAGAGCCGGACGAAGCGCUUCAAGCGACCACAGUUCUCCCCGACGGGCGGCUGUCAGGCCGAGGCGGCUGCGGCGGCUAAUGGGACUGAAGGCGAGGAGGACGACGGGCCGGCAGCGGAGAUGCUGGAGAAGCUCCAGCACCCGAGCGCAGAGGUCCGCGAGUGCGCGUGCGCGGGGCUGGCCCGGCUGGUGCAGCAGCGGCCGGUGCUCCCUGGCCUGGCGCGCCGCGACGCUGUGCGCCGGCUCGGGCCUCUGCUGCUCGACCCCAGCCUGGCCGUCAGGGAGACUGCAGCCGGCGCGCUAAGAAAUCUCAGUGCUUGUGGAGGUUUUGAAGUGUGUGAUGACAUGGUGACUAAGGAUAUCAUGACACCUCUGGUUGCUGUGCUAAGAGAGUGCAGUGCUGGACUGGAUUCAAAUGAGAUGUCUCCACAGGAGAAAAAAGAUCAGAAGAAAAAUGCCAUUGAGAACAUAGCCAAUGAGGCUGUGAAUGUGCUGUGGAAUAUAUGUGAAUGCAGUAGUAGAGCAGUAUCUAUAUUCAACAAAGAAGGGUGUUUGGAGAUUGUAUUAAAGUAUUUAAGUAGGUUUUCCACCAAUGUUGACCUGGCUAUUUCAGUAGCAUAUUGUUUGCAGACAGUAACUGAAGAUAACCCAGAGCUACUGAAAUCUUUCAGUACUGCAGCAUUGCAUGUUCUAGAAUCAGCAAUGCUUUCUCCUGUCACUUCCAUGGAAUACCUUCUGUUGAAGACACUGAUAGCAGGUACAAUUUGGAACCUAAAGGACGUUAUUCCGUGCAAGAGUCAAGCAGAAAUUAUAAAUGCCAUACUGAAGAUCUUAUCUGAAGUUUUGAAAAUGGAUGCUGGUGAAACAGUUAUUCAAAUGAAAGAGGCUGAAACUCAGAGGUUAAAAACUGCUGCAGAGACCGAGGAAAUAUUAGAGAAUGCUAAUGGUGAUUUGAUUGAAGAUGAUGAAAUGGAAGAAAUUCCUUAUAAACGAAAAGUCAGAAGGAAAACGUUUCUUUCAGAUUUACUGCCACCAACUGACAAGGAACUGAGAGAGACCAUAGCAUUACUGACAGCUCAGCAGACUGCUCUGGAAAUUAUUGUCAACAUGUGCUGCAGUGAAGGUUUGUUACUAGUGACAUUUAGAUGUUUUCGCCCUGGGCUAGGAGGGGACAGUUCCUGCGGAGAUAUUCUAAACUAUUCUGGCUCUGUGUGGUUUGUACGCUUCCCAGAUGCCUCUGAUGACGAAUGGGAAGAGCUUUCUAGCAGUGAUGAAAGCGAUGCCUUCAUGGAGAAUUCCUUCAGUGAGUGCAGUGGCCAGCUGCUCUCUCCCCUCUGCCUCUCCCAUGAGGUUCACACCGCUCUCACCAACUACCUCAUCCCAAAGAAGAUUUUUGAGAAAACUGCCUUUCCCAACAGCAUUGCAGUGGACCUGUGUUCUAGGAACCCUACUUGGAAACCUUUGAUUAGAAAGAUGAGCACGAUCCAGUGCAGAGCCCUCGUGUGCCUCCAGAGUCUCGUGUCCCUCCUGGAUCUGGACCACCUUGGAGGAGCACCAGCCCUCCAGACACUUGCACAGCAUCUGUCACAACUGCUUUUUGCUCAGCCCGAUUUUGCUAAACAUGCUGACUUUCUAGAAGCGAUAAGUAGUGCCUUGAGGGCCCUUUUGCAAACAAUGGCCUCCAAGAACAUUUCCCAGUGUAUGACUCCUGAGCAGCUGAUGACGUUAUGCAGAGCAAGCGUACAUAGCAGUCACGUCGGCGUUCGAGUGAAUGUCGUUAGCAUUUUAGGAAUCACUGGCAGCGUCCUGGCCAAGGAAGAUGGUACACUUGAGACACUUAAGACCAUCGGGUGCCUUCUGCUUGAGGUUGCCACCAAAGAUCCUUCCCUUGUGGUAGCAGGAGAAGCCUUGGAUGCCCUCUUUGAUGUUUUUGCCGAUGGUAAAGAAGCUGAAAGAGCCUCUGUUCAAAUUAAAUUGUUAUCCAUUCUGAAAGAAUUCCAGCCAGUCUUCAAAAUGAAGAUACGUAAAGAAGGGAGAGGUAAAUACAGUGCAGAUCAGCUGUGUGUUCUUGACAACGUGAAGAUGAACUUGAGAAGAUUUGUUGCUUAUCAAGAAACUGUUGAGAAAAGACUGACUUCUUAAAAGUCAAAAAAGAAGCUAGUGCUUCCCCAAAGUACUUGAUGCUCAGAAUACUAAAGGGUUUCUUUUGAGUGUAUAAGUUCCUGAAAGUCAGUUUUAGUGUUUAUAGUCUGCACAUUAAUUUGAAGUUUAUAAAAACUUCAAAAACUUGUCAGAAACUCUUUUUUAAGCCUUGGGAUCUGUGUGGCAUUGCUAGUGCUCUCUAAAUUAUGUCUCCAGCAUAUUUUAAUCACUGAAAACACAAAGAAAUCUCAGGUGGUUCUUAACUAACUCGUGAGCAGUGAAGAAACUUCAAUCAUGUUUUCCUUGAAUUUUUCAAAAAAGGAAAUUCCAGAACAUUGCUUGGAUGCUCUUUUAAGGCAAUGCUGUUUUCUAUCAACUGAAUAUUUAACUGAAUGUGAAGGUAAGCUUUAUAAAAUAACUUUUUGGUAUGAAAUAUACCAGUGCUCUUUGCCUUUUGUGAAGAGGUGAAUGAGUUGAAUUUGUACGUGACUCCUUAAUGGAUUAUACUUCAAUGAGCUAAUGUGGUCAUGCCAUCCUCUAUACAGAUGGAUCUGAUCAGUUACUGCUAUAACAGCACUCCUUGAUUUAAUUUGAUAUGGAAUCAGAAUUGAGAAAAAAUAUUUUUGAAUAAAUAACUUUUUAAUUGAAA